CACACGCAUAAGUCAACUGGUGCUCUUUCACUAGUGUAGUCUUCCACCUCUACAACACGGAGGCUUCAGCCUGCGGGUCCUCACUCUGUAGAACUUGAGAAGUUUAUUGGACAAGGGAAAAGUCCAGUAAAAAAACUCCUUACACAUGUUGGAUCCGAGAAGGAGCGAGUUUCUACCAAUGGGGGCCAACUUCAACCAGAAUCCAGGCUUCCUUAUCGCUGAUCCCAGGCCACGAGAAUACGCCCACGCCAUGCACAAGAAGACUGUGAAGGAAUUGCUCAUGAUGAGGCGCUUUAAACAGAACGGCCUGCAGGACGACAACAACUUCAUGCAUGAAUUAAAAACUGUAAAGUCUGAAGCAAUUGACGUCGACGUGAGUCCUCAGCUGUUUGGCCCUCCAGGAUACCCCCAUAUAAGUAAUGGUUUUCCUGAAAAUGGCCACAAUUCCCCUCAACAACUGCAACAUCCCACUCCUGCUGAUGGAGGGAAGCUCACUUUAUUUCACUGGCAGAUCCAGCAGCAGGCGCAGAGGCUCGGGGGGGUUUCUCCUGAGCUGCUCAGCAUGCAGGACGCCGAUGGAGACACAGUCCUUCACAUAGCAGUAGCACAAGGGAGGCGAGCUUUGGCUUAUGUGAUCGCUGCCAAAAUGUCUCAAUGUGGCUCUCUGGACAUCAAAGAACACAAUGGGCAGACGGCUCUUCAGAUAGCAGCUGCCAGCAACCAGCAGCUCAUAGUCCAGGACCUGCUGGUGCACGGAGCUCAGAUCAACACCAGGGACCUGUGGGGCCGCUCCCCUCUGCAUCUGUGUGCAGAGAAAGGACAUUUUCUCAGCCUGCAGAGCAUCUGCAGGACCCUAAAGGUGACUGGUCAGCAGGUGGAUAUUGAAAUGUUCAACUAUGAUGGUUUAACUCCAUUGCAUGCAGCUGUCUUGUCUCACAACGCUGUGGUUAAAGAGCUGAGGACUCUGGGAAAUCUGUGCUCAUAUAUGGCAAAGGAGCUGGCGCAGAGGGCACACAUGUACGUCGAGUGUAUCAAGACUCUCCUGCUUACGGGAGCCUCCAGUGGGACGAAGGAUCAAAAAAGUGGAAGGACGUGUCUUCACAUGGCUGCCGAGGAGGCAAACGUGGAGCUGUUAAAAAUGUUCCUGGACCAGCCGCAGUCAGCUGUAAAUGCUAAGACAUUCAGCGGCAACACGGCCCUGCACAUUGUCAGCUCUUUGCAAAAUCAUAAACGUCAAGUGGAAGCUGUGAAGCUGCUGAUGAGGAAAGGUGCGGACCCCGGGGCCAGGAACUUUGAAAAUGAACUGCCGUGUCAGCUGGUGCCCAGAGGACCCACUGGGGAAAAGGUGCAGCAGUUGCUGAAAGGAAAUAUUGACAUGCUUAAGUGAAGCUCAGAAACACUGUCAGUCAGACAGUCCAAUCUAUUAUAUUAUUUGCCAAAAAAGGCAGAUGCUGGUUGUUUCAGUGAAACAUGCUUAUUGUUCAUUACCAUGUAAUGCUCAAGGAGAAAGUGAGGGUAUGAAUUUAUUUUCUUUUGUUUAUUAACAUUAAGGAUUGGGAAUAUGCUCUGUAAAUCAAUAUUUGUUUUGGAUGAUUUAUGAUUAUUAGAAGUUUUUAUAGUUGUGGGUGUUUUCUUUCUUUUAAUAAAACAGUUUUUUUAAGAGAUUUUAGUUCUUUGGUUAAGUGAAAGAGUUUUUUUUUAUUAUUAUAUUUUGAAAUCAAUUAGUUAACAGGUUUGGUAUUUUAAAAUGUUCCAUUUUGGUGUUUUUAUUUUAAAAUUCUUCAUGCAUUUCCUCAAAUGUUUAAUAUUGCAGUUGAACAGUUUGUGUAUUCAUACUCUGUGUUAACAGGCCCUAAAAACCUGCUUUUGGAAAUAAAAUGACCGUGCAAUAAAGUUUAAGAGGUGA